AUUGAAAUAACAUAUCUGAUAUCAUUAUAUCACUCAAACUGAUAUAGUUCUCUUAUCACCUACUAAUUAAUCACACAACUCCAUAGUGUUAUUAUUUCAUUGAGAGUGCAUUUUCCAUGCUACGUUAAUAAUAAAAUUCCACAGUGUUGUCAGGCAUUAGUAAUUCAGUUGCUUGUGUUCUUGUUUGUAUCUGUGAUUUAAUGAAUAAAACGACUUUUUUGUUAAGGUAUGACUUUUAUUGUGUUCACAACGAUCCAAAUAAUCUUGAUAUCCAUUGUCACACCGCUUGGUGUUUUUGAGGAAAAGAUUCGUACUUCAGGAGGUUUUGCAAAACUGGUGACAUCCUCUUUAUUCGUGGACAAGACAUUGCUGAUCAAGGCUUGGUUCGAAGACAAAAAUUUCGUUUUGCUGACGGCACCGCGCCGCAGUGGGAAAUCCAUGUUGCUGUCCAUGCUGAAACACUUCCUGGAAAUCCCAGUCGACGAGAGAGGGACAAUCAUGGAGAUAAAUUCUUCUUUAAACUAUAAACUAUUCAAAGAAAAAUCGUUUAAUAUAUUCAAAGAAAAGGCAUUUUUCAGUGAACAUUUCGGAAGAUACCCAGUUGUCUUUGUAGAAUUUAAACGCCAUAGUGGAGAAAUAACUUAUAAAGAAGUACUAGACAUUUUUAGAAGAACUCUGAGAAAUAUUUUUAUUCAACACAAAUAUCUAUUGUACCACAAGUACAUGUGGUUGGAUGAAGUGGAAUUAGAUCAUUUUAACGACUAUUUGUAUAAGAAAAGGCGUUAUAAACUGAGCCCACCAUAUUUGAUUAAGGCUUUGUCAUAUCUGUGUCAAAUUUUAAAGAUGCAUUACGGGAGAAGGGCUAUAGUUUUAAUUGACAACUACGACGCUUUGAUAGACACUCUUGAUUUACGGUACAACCCGGAUAUCCACCGGAUUAUCAGCUUUCUCGAGAGGUUUUACACAGUCUUACUGGGGUCCGUACAAGUGGUUGAGAGGACCCUGAUGACCGGACUGUACCAAAGACAGGGUGUUACAAAUCUGCCCAGUUACAGGGUACUUCCUAGAAAUAUUCCUAAAUGCAACUACUUGGAUGACAGACCGUUCUGCAAUAUCUUCCGGAGUAGAAGCUCUGUCAAUAUCUCACAGUAACACAGAUACAUUAUCAAUUACAUUAAUAUAAUCCAAUUUAAAAAAUAACAAAUAAUAAUGAAAAAAAAAAUAAAAUGAAAUGAAAAAUUGUUUA